AUGAGGAUGGAAUAUUUGUAUCCGAUUAUAGACCCCAACAAGAAGAAGAGGAAGAAGCAGGACAUGGAGGGCGAUGAAAACCAGAACAAGAAGACCAAGAAAGACACGGAGGACCACGAGAAGCAGUACAAGAACACGAAGAAGGACACAGACGACCACGAGAAGCAGGACAGGAAGACGAAGAGGGGCACGGAGGACCACAAGAACCAAGACAAGAAGAGGAAGAAGGACACGAAGGAUCACGAGAAGCAGGAAGAGAAAAGCAAGGACAAGGAAGAUCACGAGAACCAACACAAAAACACCAAGGGAAGAAGGUCACGAAGAAGUUGCACGACAAGGAGGAACAUGACAGUCAGGCCAAGAAAAAGAAAGAGGCAGGACAAGGAGGAAGAUGACACCCAGGCCAAGAAAGUGAAGAGGCAGGACAAGGAGAAACAUGACACACAGGCCAAAGAAAAGGAAGAGGCAGGACAAGGAGGAACAUGA